AUGCGUACUUCAAGGACUUCAAAGGAGACUGCUAAAGUCCUGCAAGCGCUUUCACCCCCUGUGCGCCGCUCAACUCGCAACACGUCUCUGAAUACAAGCGCCCUGCGCAGUUUUGCGUAUACUGGCGACUCGACAAUCAAAAAUGAACUGAUCCCUACCAUCGCCAGUAUACCAUCAAUUAGAGAUGACGAUGAGUCCUCUCUAUCAUCUGCUAGUACAACCGAUAUCGAGGAUCUCCUUGAACCAUCGUCUAAACGACAAAAACGCAAUACCCGUGCCCCUAACCCCGAGGAAUCCAAAGAACCCCUCGUGAAAGAUGAACCAGAGCAGAAAACCAAACCACCUCCAAAGGCUCGUCGAAUGCCCGCACGCAAGACCCGCGACGCAGAUGGCGCUACAAUUGUGGAACCACCAUCCAACUGGGAAACAAUGUACAAUACCGUGAAGAAGAUGCGCGAGGAUAACCCGACCGCACCAGUUGACACGAUGGGUUGUGCAGAGCUAUACUGGCGUGCCUCGGCACCAAAAGACCGACGUUUCCAGACGCUCAUUGCUCUAAUGCUUUCAUCACAAACGAAAGAUACAGUCACAGCCGUCGCGAUGCAACGUCUACAUACUGAACUUGGACAAAGCGAGGAAGAAAGCGACAUGGUACGAAUCAAGAUGGAAGACGAGGAUAGCAAGGAUGUGAAAACCGAACUUGAAAAGGACAGCACGUUGAAACUGGAGAAUAUCCUCGCUGUUUCACCGGAGAAACUGAAUGAACUGAUUCGCACGGUUGGUUUCCACAAUAAUAAGACGAAAUAUAUCAAGGCUGCGGCUUUGAUUCUGCGAGAUCAGCAUGGUGGUGAUAUCCCGCCUACACCAGAAGAACUCAUGGCUCUACCGGGUGUCGGACCUAAAAUGGCGUAUCUGUGUAUGAGUGCGGCAUGGGGCAAACAUGAGGGCAUUGGUGUUGAUGUGCAUGUUCAUCGGAUUACGAAUCUGUGGGGAUGGCAUAAGACGAAGAAUCCGGAGGAAACGCGGAUGGCGUUGCAGUCUUGGUUACCCAGGGAUAAGUGGCAUGAGAUUAAUAAGUUGCUUGUUGGAUUGGGGCAGACCGCUUGUGGGCCUGUUAAGAGACGGUGUGAUGAGUGCUAUCUUGCUGGGACGAAGCUCUGUAAGAGUGAGAUCAAGGGAUUGGCGAGUGGGAAUCGCAUCAAGGUGGAUCUUGCUAAGGUGGAGGAUGAGCCGAAGAUCAAGAUUGAGAGUCGAUUAUUCGAGUUGGAUGUAGUUCGGGACGAUAUGAUGGAUGUGUAG